UCAGGACAGCUCUUCACAUUGUUUACAUAUAAGUUGAUACAUUUGAGAAUAACUAAAUGUUGUCCCUUAAAAUGUUUUUGUUAGAUCACAAAGUUGUGCUUGUUUCAUGCAAGACAAUCCUUAACCAGUCAUACACAUUUAACUGACAUGUAUGCACUGACAUUGGGUCUUUACAUGCAGAAAGUUGUAUAAUUAUUAUAUCGAUGCUAGUUUCAUGUUCCAACAAACUUUUGUCCCAACAAAGCCCCAUUCAAUAAAAGGUAAUUGUGAAAUCUAAACAGCGCCCCCAGUGGAUGAAACAUGUAUUACCUCAUUCUACAAUAUCAGCUGCCCGCUUUGUGUUGCUAAUGGUAACGGACUCCAAACAAAGUGAAAACGGACAGGAUUGUGAAGAGGCUGCACUCGAGAAAGUGUGAGAUAUUUAGGGUUAAGAGUUUACCUGCAGUUCCUGACCAGGGGAGGACAAAAAGUGCCUUUCAGGAGGAAUCUCAUAAAGGAAUUUCAGACAGCUUUGGCUGAUGACGAUGAAUCCUCGGAUGUCAAACCUUCCUUGACCUCUCACACGGGAGCCAAUGAUGCCUCCAAUUCAAAAUCAAAAGCCCCAUUAAAGAAAGGUAAAAGCUAUUAGAGUUUUGGUUCCACAGCAUGUCUUUUAUUCAUUGUUCAAAUGUACACUUUCAGGUAACUAUAUUAAUUUAAAAAACAAGUUUUAAGAAUGUAAAGGAUGCUUUCACAGGUAGUGCACCAAGCGACUUUGAGCUGAUGUCUGCCAUGAUGCAGCGGGUGAGCCUGCUGGAGAAAACAGUGAUGAGCCAGGCACGGGAGAUCGAGCGAAAGGAUGAACGGAUUUCAGCGUUGGAGAAAAAUCAGAGGUUUAUAAAAGAAUCAGCGGGUACUAUUCAUCCUUGUGGCAGAGAUGAUCUUGAGAGAAGAUGCCAACAGCUGCAGAAUCAAGUGCAAGAAAUGGAUAGCUUUCUGAAUGACUAUGGUUUGAUCUGGGUGGGAGAUGGUGAGAGCAGUGACUCUGCAGAGAGUGAGCAGCCACAUAACUUAGAGCGAGGCCUCUGGCAGCCAGACACAUCUGUGGUCAGGAGCUUCCACAUGAAUGUUGACCUGGUGCUGCAGAGGAUCAACGAGCUGAACAUCCUGGCAGGAGAGGGAGAGUGUUUCGUUCAAUCCACAUCCACGGGGGCACACUUGGCAAAAAAGGACCCUGUUCAGCUGAGUCUCUACAGCAACGGCAUUGUCAUGUUUGACGGUCCUUUCCGCUCGUAUCAGGAGCGCAGCACCCAGCGGUGCAUGCAAGAUCUGAUGGACGGAUAUUUUCCAUCUGAGCUUCAAGAAAGAUUUCCAGACGGUGUGCCUUUUGAGGUUAAUGACCGGCGAGAUGAGGAUUUUAUCACCAGGCUACCGUGGAAUAAUUUUCCAGGCGAAGGACAGGCUGUCCGUGGGGAGAAAAAUGAAACAUCCAAUACUGUCAGCUCUCAGUUACCUGGCAAGAAGUUGAGCGUGGAUCAGUUCCUGAGCAGGUUACCAAAGGCAGUAGUGAAGGCUGGCCGUGUGGUUGAUAUCAGGGACUCCCUGAGGGCCGCCCUGCAGGGUUCAUCUCCUGCUGGGAGCAGCAGCUCCAUGAUCCUCAUAGACACGCCGGCCCUGCAAGCGAUGAAAGAGAGACUGCAGACUUCCAGCUCCGAUCGGCCUCGGUCCCCCUGUGAUGUCAUCACAAUGAAAGUGAAGUCAGAAGACGGGAAUCAUACUUACGUACUAAAAAUGAGCUUCUCAGAAACAAUCGGCCAGCUGCGACAGUAUCUGGACAAACACAGAGGGGGUGGUCUCCCUGGUUAUGACAUCAUCAGUGCGUACCCACAGCACCGCUACGAUGAGGACCGCCAGACGCUCAGAUCAUGUGGCCUCACGACUAAUGCUUCUCUGCUGCUGCGAAAGAGGCAGAAACCGCCUCAUGCACUGAGUGAAGUCAAUAAAAUAAGAUUAUAAAAGACGAGGUAUCAGCCUUUACCGCAGCAGACAUGUUGGCUUGUCAAAGAAAAACACAGCGUUUAAUAACAUUAAUGUUUGCUUUGUUGUAAGCGUCCCAGUAAGUAGGACAGUGAACCAGCACGCAGCCUGACUCCCGCCUGGGAUGUUACGUAACAUGAGGGCAGGGUGUCUCCAAAGUGGGUGGUCCCGCGGGACUGAAUGCAUGUAACUAAUACCGGAAACAGAUUAUUUUUCAAUGGCAAAGGAAACAGUAUGAGUAAUAGAUCACGUCAUGGUUCUUUCCCGAUCUGCUCAUAAAAUACUUUUCACGGCUGAUACAAAUCCAGUAUAUCGGAUCAGUGCAUCAUUAGUGAUAGAAAGCUGGCACUCGUGGCUUUCUGCACAGAAGGGAUGAAAAUACUUUAAAUGUUUUACACCAAGUCAAAUAAAGUUAAAACACAUGGCAAAA